AUGAUGAACCAGGAAUGCAAUAUUAAUGAACCUGCAUCUUUAGAAGCAAUGCGUCGCCUUGGAAUCUCAUUAAAUGAGCUUAACGCUCGAAAUCCCCAGACAUUUGCAAAAGCAGGCUGUGACGAUACAGUUACACAGUUCUUUUACAAGAAGUUUGAAGAAAACCGAAAAAGUUUAAUUGAUCAAAUCAAGCAAAAGCGUCAAGAAGUACUAAAUGAAAAAUCUGAUAACCGAGUUGUAAGUGCUGAUGUACGAAGAGAUAAAAUUUUUAUCGAAAAAGAUAAAAUGCUUAUUCAACAGCAAGAACAAAAAACUAAUAACAUUCUCAAGCACAUGUUUAUGAAACGUCUACGUGAAAUACAUUCUCAAACUCUUGUUGAGCAAAUGAUGCAAAAAACUUUAUCAAGAACCGCUGAAAUUGCUCGGCAACAAGCAGAAAAAAUACGAACUGCUCAGAUAAGGGCAAUGAAUUUCGAGUUCAAAUCACGUGAAAAGGUAUUUACACCACCAGAAUAUCGUCCUUCAGAGCCAGAUCCUGCCGAGCUUCGAAGAAAUCAAAUUCGUCAAGAAAUUGCAAAACAGAGACACGAUCAAUGGGUAGAAAAAGAACGUCAAAUACAAUCAGCAAGGCAGCGAUCGCAGCAACUUCUUGAUGAAAAGAUUAAUACGAUGAAACAAAGUAUUGAGAAGAGCGAGAACAGAUUCCAAAACUGGCAAAAGCAAGCUCAGACAGCAAGGCUUUCAAGAGUUCCUCCACAAAUCCGAUCCUACGUAGAAAUAAAUGAAACAUUAAAAUCCAGAGAAGAAGAUCGUAGAAAUGCUCUUCUUGAAACAAUAAAUCGCAAAGAAAAUCAAUUUAGAGAGAACAGAGCUAAGAUUGCUGAAGGAGUUCAGACGAAAUACCGAGAAAUUGCUAAAAACGAACAAGAAAAACUAAACAGAGUCAAAAUUUCAAGGGACGCAAUCGAAGCAGAGAACCAACAGAAGAGGGAAAAGUUCUUGCAGGAAUCAGAGCAAAAGGAUAUGCGUGCAGAACAAGCAAGAUCAAAAGACAUGCUCGCAGUUGCUAAACAGAUUGUUGAUAGAGAUGAGAAAAUUACUCAAGCAAGACGUAGAAAACUUGCUCAAGACUAUGAAUUCCAGAGGUCUAAGAUGCUGUCUGAAGAAGACCAGAAAGCAAGACUUGAGACGCAAAGAGAGAUGGCUAGAGUUAAUCAAAUGAGAACUGGAGCUCAGAUAAGAGUCCAACAGAGAAUGGAAAGACUUAAGAUAGAAUUGGCAAGACUUAGAACUCUUGAUGAUAAAAAGACUUUGCGGAAUAUAAGAACCAUAUUAGAAGUCGAAGAAAACGAAAUGCAGGAAAUGAUUUCUGCAGUUCAUCAAACAUAA